AUGGAUAAUCUCAGCAAUGAACAAAUAAAAGAACUCUUCUACAUGAGCAUCGAUAAGUACAACGAUCACAUGAACAACCCGAAGUGCGGAAAGCUGGUGAAAGUUUUGAACGCAUCGUUCCUGUACAAAAUGUCUCAGGCGGUCGUUGAAAUUGAAAGUGGUGAGAAACAGGAGCAAGCCAUUCCGGAGCAUCCAGAAGUUGCAGAGCAUGCUAGUGCUCAGAUCAGAAACACUCCACCACACGGAUUCCAAACUGACGGCACAUUUGAAGGGGACACCGCCGCAGAUGUCUAUCGGUUCAUGGCAGCGAAUUAUCGUUGA